UUACAAGAAAUGCAUGACAAAUCAGAUGAAUGAUCUGAGGUCAAACUAUCAGUCCUUUAGUCAUGUGAGAUUAUAUAUUGAUUGUUAAGAAUUUUGGUAGGUCACAUUUCCUAUUACAUCUCAGACCUCCCCCUUUGUGAUGUGCUUUGUGUGAAGCUUAUAUGCGUGAAUCGGAAACGUUGCAUACGAGAGUAGCAAACGCGGUGUGUUGGUGUCUCAACUUCCUUUUCAGCUGCAAGCCCCAGAUCAAGAGGCUCAGAAGAACACGAGGGAGGAAACCUCUCGAGCCAUAUUCUCAUUUUUGCUGGACUACUCAUUUUGACUGACAUGUCAAACCCAGUCAUCACUCAGCCCGGUGCUGGAUCGUAUGGUACAAAUGUGCAGACUGGAGAGUGGAGCACUGGUCUUUGUUCUUGCUGCAGUGACCUACUUGUCUGUGCUCUUGGCUGCAUCUGUCCAAUAGCUCUCAGCUGUUACACAGCAAACAAAUAUGGUGAGAAUGUAUGUCUAGCAUGUGUACCUGGAGGAAUGGCUGCAAUGAGGACACACAUGCGACUGACCUAUGGAAUACAGGGCACAAUAUGCAAUGAUGCUUUGAUGACCUGUUGCUGUGGAAUAUUUGAAACAUGUCGAAUGGCCAGAGAAAUUCGUAUCAGGAAUGGAGAGACCUAGUUGAUGUCUUUACUAAUUUCAGUCUUAAGAUUCUUUUAUAAUUUUAUAAUUUUAAAAAGCAUUCAGAUUUAUUGAAAUCAACAUUUCUUAAUAUUCUCUCGAUUAUUAAAGGCAGGAGAAUUAAAACCAGGAUUGCAUUUAUAAACAUACAUUCUUUGGAAAUAAAAAAGCCUGACCAAUACUGUUUACUUAGUCAACAAAGUAAAGAGUGUUGCAUUAUUGCAGCUUAAAAGUCUUGAAUUUGUGUUAAUUCUUGCAAUAUGCUAACAAUUUUGCUGUAAUGCUCAAAAUGUGCCAAUCUGCAGCAUUAAUAUGUUACUGUACAGGAGCUGUGUGUCAUAUAUAACAAUCACACAAACACAGUACAAGUGGAAUUAUGAAUUCAUACACCUAAUCAUUAUAAAAUAAACCAACAAAACACAUCUUUUCACGCUGUUUACUGUUUUAA